CUUGCAGGAGACGAGCUGAUUUGGGGCACUUUGGACGCACCCUAGUCCUAGAUUCUAAGGGGGGGCUACCUUCCAUUAUUCUUUACACCCCAGCCGAAGGAAGGGGUCAUGCAUGCACACGCGCCCUCCCCAAAUCGUGAGAGAAGCAGCUACGUGCUUUUUAGCCUGUGGCAAAUGUCUUUUCUUACGGGUUCCUGUGGGAGGUCCCGCCCCGCCCCAUUUUCCCCCGGGGGAGGGAGCAUAGGAGGCAGGGAAAGGGGGCGCGCCCCCUUCCCCCAGCGCGCAACGGGGUUUUGUUAGGUGCCAGACAAUAAGAUAAAAAUGACUCUGUAUUGAAAACAAGCAGAGACCCCGACGGGAACUCGGAUGGAAGUUAGAAGGGUCAGGACCGGGCUCUGUGCGCCCACUGAGGAGUCGCGUCGGCGUCAUGCCAUGGAGAGCCGGGGCUCCGCGGUGCUGGGCUUGGGGCAACUUUUAGCUGCGUUUGGAGAGCGCCAGCAGCAAGGAGAGGCUGCCUCAGUCCCACCAUGGCGAGGGGACAGCGCGGAGGCGGCAGGCAAGUCUGCAGACCCGCAGCGAGACUGCGCGGGGGAAGCCGCCAGGGAGAAGGACCGAGAGGAGGCACUGCUGGAGUUGUGCCGUCUCCGCGGGCGCUCUCUCUCGCUGCCCGCCAGCCCGACUUUGGCGGCCGCGCGACUUUUCCCUCGGAGCCGAAUCGAGGGGGACAGCGAUGAGGGUGACGACGGAGGGACGUCGGUGGUGGGUGGCAGCAGCUGCUGCACAAAGUGUAAGAAGCGGGUGCAAUUCGCCGACUCACUGGGAUUGUGCCUGGCCAGCGUGAAACACUUCAGCGCCGCUGAAGACCCUCAAGUGCCGCCCGCCGUCCUCUCCCGCCUGCAGAGCUUCCCCAUGCGCCAGAGAGACCUCGAGGAGUUUAGCGCCGCCCUAGCGGAACUCAGCGGUUGCGCCGCGCCUCCCUUUCCACGCCCUCUGCAAUUGCCUCAGGCGCUCCAGCUGGUGCCCCAGUUCGAGGGGACGGGAAAGGAGCCCGCCGUCGAGCGUCUGCAGCGACAGCGCGUGUGUCUGGAGGAGGCGACGGGCACGGCUCUGGCCGGGGCUCCCGCGGACGUGCGUGGCGUAGUGAGAGUGCUGAAGUGCCCUGGCCCCAAGGAAGUGACGGUGCGCUACACUUUCAACGAGUGGCUCUCCUUUCUGGACACCGCCGCGGUACCGUUGCUGCAGCCCCAGCAUGAGGAUCCCCCGGAUCCCGCCAGCCCUGUCGAACGCUACCAGUUCACCCUGUGCCUUCCUCCCGGUCUGCAAGAGGGCACGGCCGUGCAUUUCGCCGUCUGCUACCGCAGCCAGCAGGGCGAAUAUUGGGACAACAAUGGCGGUGCCAAUUAUACCCUCCGCGGGUGUAGCCCGGAGAAGCCCUCAACUCCCCUAUAUUGACACCAGCGAGUCGGACGGCGGCAGCGCUUUGGAUCUACCAGCCCUCGCUCCUUUGCGUGAGAGGCUGGAGCUACUCUCUCCGCGAAGCAAGAAGGCGGCAGUGCCUGCCUCGCCUUACUUAGAGCUCUCCCAACACGGAACCCCGCAGCAUCCAGGGGCGUCCACCAAGCGUUCAGCCUGCCUGUGUGCCUUUCUCCCGUUCCCAGCGGCGCACGCUUUGGAGUGAGGGCAGCCAGCCGUGCCUUUGCACUUUUAUUAGCCUUCUUGCAGACAGCAAGAGCAGCCCGCGACCCAGCCCUGUGGGGGAUACAGUGAGAAGAAAAUGUGAGAAUUAGGGCCCCACAUGUGAGACAAAGAUGUUCUCCUGGACAGCAGUUGUCUGAAUGUUACCUGCUUUCUGCUCCAGGCAAACAGAGAUAUCCCCAGGAUCAGUGGCCAUAAUGGGAUAAUGGAUGUGGACCCCUGUUGUGAAACCUCUGGAUUUUCAUCGUUGUGGGGGAUGUAUUUGCUGCUCCGGAGAGAGUGAAAGGAGUUUGCUCUUUCAGAAGGCUCUGUCACAAUUGGUUUGAAAGCUUGCAAGAAGGGGAAAAAAGCCAUUUCUGACAUGUGCCUUCCAUUAUUCCUUAUGGGAAAUGACCUCUAAAGGCCUAGAAGAAUGCAGGAAAACUGCAGAACGCCCACUUAGAACUGAGCAGAUAGAGCUAUUCUGGAUUUUUUUAAAAAAUGUGGUUCUUCCCCCACUUCCAACUUGAGUAGUUUGCCUUUUGGACAACAGUGCUUUCUUUACACUAACAGACAGAAUUAUUGUGAAUGUUUUUGAUUGCACUGUGUAGGACUAGAGGCACUCAUUCUUCCAGCUAAGGGAUAAACUGCUCUCAUUUGUGUAACAGAGAUGGAGAAGUACCUUGGCAGAAAUUUUUGAAGAAAUUGGACAGGGGCUUGAGGAAAUGCUGUUUUUGUUUGUUUGUUUGAUAAGGGGAUUUUUUUGCCUACCUGUUUGUUGUUUUGCUUGCACUGGGGCAUUUAGUCUUGACUCCAGUCACACAGGACUGCGCAUGAUGUUAAGAAAUACUAACUAAAGCAUAGCACGUGUGAGCUUCAGGGUCUGCCGGUAUGAUCUCUGUGUGUACUACACAAUUCACAUUGGGAUGUAAUAGCCGUUGAGAAUUGGCUGGAAAGUUCCGUGUCGGCCGAAGGUGGCCGAAUGAAAAGGAGGGCAAGGCUCCAGAACUUGCAGUAAUGGCACAGAAGAGGGAAUUCCAACAGGUUCAAGUUUUCCUGCUGAAACUCAAUAUUCUCCAUAACUGUUGGAAGUUCUGGAGCUCUGCCCUUCUUUGCAUCUGAUCAUCCUACUUGUGGUGGCUCCCUGCUUCUGACUGGAUUGUAGCCACUGCCAACACACAGGAUUAAGCUUUGUGCAAACUGUAAACACAUAUUUUGUGCAAAAGUUGAUACGUGCCUUUGGUGGUGGCUGCAGGCAUAUAGCUGUCCAUAAGGAGUGAGACACACAAGCAGAUUUUUAAAAAAAACAUCCCUAGCUGGACUACUACAUAGCUGUCAUGUGGAUAAUCCUUAGUGUGUGCAGAUUGACUACUUAGUGCUUUAAAGUGUAAGGUCACUCAGUAUUCCUGAUGCUUCUUUGAGAUGACAUUAUUGUGACAAUAGCUGAUGACAGAGCAGGUACCAUCUUUCUCUGGGUACCUCACCUCUGGUAGUAGAUGCUUUAUUUUGACUGAAUGCACUUUUACAACCUCCCCCUUUUUUUAGCUAGCUGCAACCUUGACAGAACUCACCCUCUAGGGUUUUUAGUAAGAGCAAUUAUUCUGGGAAAUUAGCUGCUAAACAGGUUUCUGAAGGAACUAUUGGUGUCUUUGGAACUAGGUUGACUGAAAUGUCUGCUGAAUUAGACCUUUAAAAGCCUGUCUAGCAGUCAUUUUGUGUUAAGGGCUCCCCUCCAGUCAUGAGAAGUAGUCUGAUGACUAAAAGUGACAAUAAUUGAUUUGCCUUUCAAGGACGAAGUUUUAGAUAUCUAUGUUAUUUCUUAAAAUCUGUGCUAUUUCUUACAAUAUUCACUUUUUAAAAACUUGGAAUGGUAGGUUCUUUUUUAUUUGGAGUUUUGAGAAAUUAAUGCUAUGGCCCUAUCACCUGUUGCCACCUAGAACUGUGUUAUAGGUUGACAUCCUUAUAAAGGGAGAACAAAUGUGUCAGAUGUGACUAAUAGGUCAGUAGUAGUCACCUGCUAUUUAUCUUAAGGGAGCCUGAUGAAUAUAUGAAUGCAGUUGAUUGGCAUACCCACUUAGAAGGUGAAGAGAGUUGCAAGCAAGGAUAAACUUUGCAGAGCUGGGUUGUAUGCCUCACUUUGUGCAGUGUAGCAUCCUGUGACUACAUCUUACAUAAGCAUUGCCUUACAGUUUGCUUUAGGAAUGAGUUUCUAGGAGACAGAGGGCCUCUUAACAUUGUAAGAGAAAUGAUAUUUGUGGUGUGUCCACUGUAAUGGAUAUAGUAUACAGUUAACACCAUGACAUUUCAGAGUUUAUAAACAUAAUUCUAGAAGUCGUUGCUGGGUAUGGCUGCCAAGCACACACACAUUGCAUGCUUACAGGCCCUUGCUCGUCUGUAUGUUUUAUGGCAUCCCUGCAGCGGUGCUUGUUUCUACACUGCUCUUCUCUGCUUGUGUGUAGCAGCUGAGAAUUUCUUAGCUGUGUGUUGGUGCAUUGGCUAUGUAGAAUAUAAUCUUUCUGGACUUAAUAUAACUUUUUAAAAAUAAUAAUUUGGAUAUUGUUUGGAAAUCUCAUGAUGCUCCUAAAGAGUUAAAUGGCUUCUUCUUUUUGAAGCAGAGAGGCUGACUGAAUCCUACUGUAACCUUGGACUCUGCUACUGAAAACUGUUUGGGACAAAAAGUUAAAAUGUAGUUGUUAAAGGACCAAUGGGACAAAACAUGGGUGUGGGUGUGUCUGUGUAUAUACACCAAGGGCAACGCUGCUUUAUACUGCUUUCAUUGUUCUUUAAAAACAUUGUCUUUUCCCAACCAGAGUAGUAGUUUUCUCACCAUUAGAACCCAUUCUGGUUUCCUUUUUGAAAAAUGAUAUAUUGCAAAUGUAGAAAAACCCCCCGCAGUUUUUCUGUUUUUCUUUUAAAAUUAGUUUCCAAAAUGUUUUAAAUAAAUGUAGCCAAUGAAUAAGCAAGCAUAAGUAUUUUAAAUCUUCUUGACACUACCUAUUCUUUUUACUUGGAUAAAAACUGAUACUAUGCCAAAGAGCCAGUAGUGAGUCAUAAUGUGUUCCACAUAAACUUUGUUGCCACUACUACCUUAAGUGGUAAAGAUACUGUCUUAUUUGGAGGGGAGGCCAAUUCACAUUUCCCCAUGGAAUAAUUUUUAUAUACCUGAGAGCCAGCAGAAAACAUAGGGGUGUGUGUGUGUGUUUAGGAAAUGUAACAGAACAGUUUAAAUACCUAGCGCUUGAAUAAGCACUUUAAGAAAUGUAACAUUAGGUAUACUUCUUACCAACCCAGGUGACUCUUUUCUCUUAAACAUUUCCCCCCCAUGAACAAAAUAAAAAAGUUUAGUUUUUGCCUGGGACGUUCAGAGGGAAUGAACAGAGCUGAUGCCUGAUAUAUCAGCUGCAUGCUGUCUUCACAUACAGCAGGCAAGGAGCAGAUCUCUAGAAUGUUAUAUAUUCUGGCAAAAACUGCCAAGAACUGGUUUUGCCAGAAUAUAGAGUUCCUCCUGUACUUACUAUGAAUAAACUUGUUGAAACAGUAUUCAGAUGAUACAGAGUGUCCUGAGAUACCUGGAUUGUGCACAGUACUCUAAAUAUACGGACUUCAUUCUCUUUGUAAAUGAUCCCUGUCUCCUUCCAGAGGAAUGUCAGAUAUGCUUCUGUAUAGUGCCUUUAAAGGAAUAUGGAGAAGGAUGAGUUGGGCGGGUGAGGCUUUUGUUAGAUGUGCUGUAGGAAUUCCCUCAGUUGCUUUUAAUAAGCAAGCGUUUUAAACCUUUAUGAAUAAAAAUAUACUUCCCUGUGAGUUAAUGAGGCUCCCUGUCUGCUACACAUGACUAGAACAGGUUUCUCUUCAAUGUAAUCUUUCUGUGCAUGUCUUUUCAACAUACUGAGCAAACAUAACCAGAUUGUAGUGGAGGAGAGGGGAUUUCAAGUGCCAAAACCCCUUAUUCAAUAAAGGUUGGGUUGGCAGCCUUAAAUGUUUCUUGUAACUAGAACUCAAAUUAAGUAAAUUACUCAAAUUAAGUAAA